AGAUGUCUGCGAAGUCGACGAUCCAUUUCCAAGCGCUGCAAAUCGCCAACGAGCAGCGCAACGCGUAUGGUCUACGAUACAACGACUAUGAACGCUACAGGAAGCACUGUUACAACCGGACGCACCGGCUGCGGUCGUCCCUGAAGAUGAAUUACGGCCGCGGCAAAGAAUUCAAGAAACUGCCUCCGAUUAACCUCGACACCAUCAAAGACGGACACCUGCAGCUGCUCCUUUUCGAGGCCGAGCGCGCGUGGUCGCACUCCCAAGAGAUGCACCAAGAGUCCCUCAAGCUCGCCGCGUCUGCAAAGACAGCCAAGGCGGCCGCCGCCGAAGACGCGCAGAAGAAAUCCUCCGCGCACCGCAAGCACGCGACGCGCCGCAUGCGCCGCGCGAUCCACUGGGCGACGCAGCUCCUCUCGCACUGUCAGGCACUGUCAGGGCAGGGCCGGCUCUCCGCAGAGGACCUCGCGCAGGUAACUGCGUACACCCUCAUCCUCAAUGGUCGCUUCCUCCGGCAGCGCUUCGAGUUCGAGGAUGCGCUCGUGCAGUUAAGCGUUGCGCGGAACUUGCUGGACUCGCUCGCGGACGCGGCGGCGACGAGUCGCGCGCAGGCCUUAGCUGUCGCGUUUGCCGACGAAAUCGGACCCGAGAUCCGUCAUUGCGCGCACGAGCUCCGGAGAGAGAAGGCGUACGAUGUCGAUGCGGUCGUCGCGGAUGUCGCGCCUAAGCACCGAAAUGCGCUCGUGCAAGACUGCGACGCGUUGCUCGCUCGCCUUGGAAAGGACAGCGGGGGAGCGGCAGAGGAGAGGGGCAAGCUGAAGGAGUUGCUCUGGGAGGACGAGCCGGUGCCGAUUCGUAACCCCGAGCUCGUGGACGUGCUGCUGAAGGUGCAAGAAGCUGAGGAGAAGCUCACGCAAGCGAGAAAAGCGGAAGAGAAGGGUGCUGACGCUGGCGAGAAGAGCAAGGGUGCGCGAUCCAAGCGCGGCGGGGUCGCUUCAUAUGACGCGAUUCUCCUUGCCCUCAGUGAGGCAGAGGAUGUGUCGCGCAAGCUUGUAGAGGUUCACAAGCAGAUGAGUGGUGCAACGCCAGCGGCCGGGACCAGAGACAUUCAGUUUGUCCACGCCUAUGUUGUCUACCAACUCCUCUCGCGCCGCGUACAACGUGACCUCCUCCUCACGUCGACGCUGUUGCACCAACUGCACACUGCACAACGGAGCCAUGCUGGGCACAGCAAAUCACGCAAGGUGCACGUCGACGCGCGUCUCUACCCCGCCAUCGUCAAGCUGCUCGACAGCGUCCUUCAGUCGCUCGAGCAGAUGCGCACCCUCACUAUCGUCGAUGAGAGCCCCGACCUCGCAUCCGCGGUCGAGGCACGGCUCGCGUUCACCAAAGCGCGCCGGUGCUUCUACCUCGCAUGGUCCUACGCGCCGCUCAAGAAGUAUGCGGAGACGCUCACGCUCACGCAACACGCGUCUAUCCACCUCCGGGAGGGCCGUUCGAUGCUCACGGACACCAUUGAGACGGACCCAAUCAACGCGGGCACCCCAGCCUUUUACCCACUCGCACUGGCAGACCUCGACAAGUUGGAGGAGGAGCUCGCGCUCGACAGCGCAAGCUUCAAGAACGACUGGCUCGCGUAUAACGGCGGCGCGCUCGACGCGGAGAGCAGCAAGACGCACAAGAAGCCGCUCUUCUUCGACAUCGCGCUCAACUACAUCAACCUGGACAUGGACAGGCUGCAGGAGCGUGCGGGCAAAGCGCCGGCGGCGGUCGAGGCGUCGCGUGUCGUUGCACCGGUGCCUCAGCAGGCCACGGAGAAGAAGACGCCGGCGUCGAGGGCGAAGGUGGAGGAGAUCGAGCGGGCGGCGACCCCGGAGCCGUCUGCACAGGCUGGCGGUGGGUUGAGUAGUUUGCUGGGAGGGUGGUGGGGUCGGAGAUGA